AUGAACAAUAUGACAGUGGCGAAUGGUGUGGGAGCUGCAGAACUUUCUGUAGGAGCUAGUCUACUUUCAAGACCAGCUGAUGAAUAUGGAAACGAUGGAAAAGUUGAAAUGAUGUGGGCCAUCAAAGCAUAUGAACAUGCAGAAAUAUAUUUUAAUUUGAUAUGUUCUGUUGAUCCAAAGUUAUUAAGAUUGACUCCUCACGAUGAUAAGAUUUAUAAAGAAUUUAGACGAUUAUUCCCUGAUCUUCAAAUAGAAGUUCUUGAUGAAGAGGAUGUAAAAAAUGAUUCAUCUAAAAUUAAAUGGAGAAGAUUCUGCGAUCUCUAUAAGAAUAUGGAAAACUACAAUUUUGGUACAUUAAUCAGAAAGGAUGUUCAUGGAGACUACAAUGAAAGCAACAGCUUUAUAGUGAUAAGAAUACAGUUUUACGCUAUUGAACUGGCAAGAAAUAGAGAAGGAUUAAACGAUAUACAUUUUAUUAACAAUAUUUAUGAUAAGGUGGAUUUUGAACCAUAA